GGGCCGAACAAGAGUUCCGCGCACGAGCGAUCACUGAUCCCGGGAGGAGGAGGAGAAACAGGAACGGGAGCGCGCGCAAGCGAGAGAGAGAGAGAGAUAUAUACAUAGAGAACCGUUUCAAAUAACGCGCGCGCACGCGCACACACACACACGAGCGCACGCGACAAACCCGCCGGAGGAGGAGGAGCGCGCAAGCCGAGUCCAGCUCAUAAGCGGGCACGCGGAGGAGGAGCAGGCGCGCGACCGCCGAGUUCUCCCUCUGUCUCUCUGCGGUGCAGAGCUGGAGCACAAGAAGAACUGCUUUUCUUUCUUUUCUUUUUUUUAAUAUAUAUUAAUAAUCUUUAUUUUCUUCUUUAUUAUUAUUUUUGUUGAUAUUUUCCUCCCCGGAUUUGCUGCCACACCGGAGGGACUGGAGCCCUUUAUUUUCUUUUAUUUAUGAUUCAAGUUCAACUUCGCGAAAGGAGAUUCGUGCACUGACUUUUUUCCCCUCUACCUCUCUUUCUCUCUGUCUGUGCAUUUUUUUAAGCAGCAAGACUCUAAACGCAGAAAGAAAGUGGGGAAACUAUGCGUCUCGCGGCGUCUUGUUAAUGCGCAUGCAUUAAAAAUCAACAAAAAAGUUGUUUUUUUUUUGACACUUGGUAAAAAAGAAGUGAAGGACCUACUGAGACUGUUGCAUGCGAUUUGACAAACGCAAAGAAAGAAAAGAAGAAAAAGAGCAGCGAGAAGGACAAGCAGCAGCGGAGGUGCGUUUAUUCUUUUUGACACACACACACUCGCGCGCGCACGCACACAGCCGCGGAGACGCGAUGAGCGCCGAGGUGCUGCCCACAAGCCCGCUCGCGCUGGUGGACUACGUGAACGACUUCGACCUUCUCAAGUUCGACGUGAAGAAGGAGGCGCUGCACGGAGCGGUGAACGGCGGCGGCGCGCGCGCGUGCCCCUCGCGCGUGCAGCAGCCCCAGGGCUCGGUGUCGUCGACUCCGCUGAGCACUCCGUGCAGCUCGGUGCCCUCGUCGCCCAGCUUCAGCCCAACGGAGGAGCACAAGAGCAACCUGGAGGAACUCUACUGGAUGCCCGGUGGCGGCUAUCCGCAGCACGUCGACCCUCACGCGCUCGGCUUGACACCCGAAGACGCAGUCGAGGCCCUGAUCGGGCAUGCCCCGCCGCCGCACGUGCAGCAGCAGCAGCAGCAGUUACAGCAAGGAGGUGGUUUCGAGGGUUACCGAAUGCAUCAUCACCAUCAUCCUCACGCGCAGCACCAUCCUCACGCGUACGCCACGCUCCAACAACACGCGGAUGACCUGAACCCUCACACGCAGCAGCAACUUCCUCAUCAGCACCACAGCCAAGACCCGGAUAGCCCGUCUCCGACCUCUCCUCAGCUCCAUCACCACCGCCAUCAUGCCCAGCACGCCAACCAUCACAGCCAUCAAGCUCACCACCACCAUCACCACCAUGCACAGCAGCAGCAUCACAGCGCCGGGAGCGCCAGCGCCCUGAGCAUCCUGGGCGUGGACGACCGCUUCUCCGACGAUCAGCUGGUCUCCAUGUCGGUCCGCGAGCUCAACCGCCACCUGCGCGGCUUCUCCAAGGACGAGGUGGUACGCCUGAAGCAGAAGAGGCGCACGCUCAAGAACCGCGGCUACGCACAGUCCUGUCGCUACAAGCGUGUCCAGCAGAAGCACGUCCUCGAGAGCGAGAAGACGCAGCUCCUCAACCAGGUGGAGCAGCUCAAGCAGGAGAUCGGACGCCUGGCGCGAGAACGGGACGCCUACAAACUCAAGUGCGAGAAGCUGGCGUCGGCCGCCACGGGUCCGAGCGCCGGAGCGGGCGGGUUCCGCGAGGCGGGUUCCACCAGCGACAACCCGUCUUCCCCAGAGUUCUUCAUGUGAGUUCCUUCUCGGGUUCUGUCUCGGUCCUCUCCCUGUGCCGAAGAGACUUCGAUACUAAUCCACGUUAUACCACGAUGAUUAUAAUACUAAUCACCUACAACAGCAGCUGUAGCCUUCAUACUAGACCCGAAAUAACCCACAUUAAUGAUAUCAAUAAUAAUAAUAUCCAUAUUAAUAAACGACUCUAAUCAUCACCAUCCCGGCAAAUUCUUUUAAUCGUUUUAAAUCAAAAAUUCCAGGUGGAGGUUUUUUUUUCUUCUUCUCUUUUUUUUGGUGUGUUUUUGGUUCAGAUUCAUGCGAGUACAAUGCAACGUUUUUAUUGGUUUGUUUGGAUUCUUUAGUUGCUUUUAGAGAAACUGAAACACACACACACACGUUAUGAUUUUUUCUGAUGGUGAAAAAAACCCGAAUCUCAUCACGAUCAGGAGUCGUGAUUUAUUUCUUUGUAGAGCGUUGACACGCACUCGACAGAACGAGAAAACAAGAAUCAAUACCGAUGCUAAGAAGAUAUACAGAGAGAGAAAGAGAGCGAGAUAAAGAGAAAGAAGGGGAGAGAAAGAGAGCGAGAGAGAGAAAGAGGACCUUCGGACCUUGUUGUUUUCUUUGGACUUCUCUUUACUGUCAAUUUUUUGAGAACAAGUCAGUAUGCAAAACUUUUAUGCAACAUCUCAUCGGUUUAUUGCCUGCUUGGUUAAAUAAAAGAAAGAAAGAAAGAAAGAAAAAAAAAACGAGAAAUAUACUGCAUUAAAAUAUUAAUCCUGCAUGCUGGACAUGUACGGUAAUAAUUUCUAUUUUGUACUUCCUCCUUUAUUUUUUUUCUUGUUCGUGUAUCUAUAGCAUGUUGUCGAUCUUUUUUUCUUUUUUCUUUUUCUUUUUUUCUUUUUUAGGAUUGAUUCCUUUUUUCCCAUCGAUGAUUUUUUAUGGGAAUUUUAGACAUGAACCGGUCGCCACAUCAUCACCGGUUAACGAUGCCGUUCGUUCGGCUUUGUAAAUACAUGCAACGGCAAAAAAAAAAAAAAAAAUGCAAGUCUUAAAAAAGAACGAGCAAAGCUUUCGGGAUCUUUUACAUUCAUUUUUAAAAAAAAAAGUUUUGGAGCUUUUUUUUGCAGUUGCAUCAAUUAAAAUUCAGCCGAGUUUGUAUAUUUAGUGCAAUUUCUUCUUUUUGAUUUUUUUUUUUUGCAGACCGCCCUUAAGGGAGACAUAACAAAGAUACACUCUUUGUUCGACUCGAUACUCUUUGCAUUUUGCGUCGCAAGGUCGCACGCUAAAAUACAGACAACCUAAUGCACGUUUUUCACACACACACACACACACACACAGGAUGAAAUUCCUUGAGGAGCAGUUUCCCGCUCUGUAGACAUCGGAGUGAAGCGCUCUAACGCGCCAGAGCUGCUCGUGUUUCCUUUUUCCACGUCGUAGCAGGAAAUGCAUUUUUUUUGUCACGUUGCAUAAUCUCAUGCCUGUUAUAUAAUCUCGAGAAAUAUCUACAAAGUCUCAUCGUUUUGCUUUUUUUUUUUUUGCUGUUUUUUAUUAUAAAUAAUUAGACUUCUCUUUCUGUCCGUUUAAUGAGCAGAAAAUUUCCAGAUUUGAAAAGAACGAAAAAAAAAAAAAAGAAAAAUCAAAGCAAUUAUAAUUCUAACUAUUAUUUACUAAAAUCAGGGCUUUUCUUUUUUUUUCUUUUUUAUUAUUGUUAUUUUUUUUUUUUCCUGUACCGAGUUUGAGCGAUCAUAUCCUUGUUUAAUAUUUUCCUGUAAUUUUUUUCUGCCGGUCAGUUAAAAAAAAAGGGAUUCAGGUUUUUCUCUUUUGCAAAAAUCUCGAAAUGAAAACGUGUUUAUAUCCGGGUUAUUAUUUGUAUUGUUGUUUAAUUUUUUGUUUCCUUUCUCUGUUUUCUGAGAUUCUGGUUCUGCUGGCCAGAUGCAUUAUCGUUAUAGUUAAUGGUUUUAUUUUUUGAUGAAUAAAUUAACAGAAGUCGUCAGAUCAUAUGGAAUAAGAGCAUGGUGCUUGCAUUUAAGAGUUAUUGUUCAAAAAAAUUAAACGAACUUAAAAAAAAAAAAAAAAGAAAGUCAUGCAUUUAAUCUUGUUUUUUUAUUUAGUUACUGAUUCAACUGUGUUGAAAUCAAAUCUGAAACUGCAGCAGCGGGUUGUUCUGUCUGUUGUUCUGUUUGUUUGCUUUUUGUUUCCUGUUUUAUUGCGAAGGGGAUCAAUUUUCAAUCCUGUUUAUAUAUAAAAUAAAGAGAGAGAACGAGAGAAAAGUUGUUAAAUUUGAACUUCCAUUCAGGCUGGUUUCUGUUUUUGUUUUUUUUUGUUUUAUUUUCCAUUCAUUUGUCGUUUUAUUGAAGAAAAUCGUUUCCUAUUUUGCUUAUUAAAGUCAUUGAAAUGGCAAA